CCUGAGGAGACGAGAGUUUGGUUCAAAGUGUACCCCUAUUAUUUGAAUGAACGAUAACAGACAAAACUCUUCUUUAUAACUGCAGGUAUUUUUCGUCUUUAUUUAUUUUUUUACUUUUUUUAUUUUUAUAUAUUUUUGUGUUUGAGAGAAUCUUGCCUGCAUGAAGAAAACCAGAAAUGGCAUCACCACAAACACUUCAACCUGUCCUAAAGAUGAAGGUCGACGAGCUCUUCCUCUUUUGGUUGAGUGAGCCGAGUACUCAGGCGAUGCUAAAAGACUACCUCAACAAAAUCAAGAGUGGAGAAGAAAUAGAUCUAAGCCAUGGUGAAUUCAAGGGCACAAGCACUUUGAUGUUCACUGAAAACAACAAUAACAACAUAGCAUCAAAGAUUAAUGCAACGGAGAGAAUGAGUGCGGCCCUUGGUGCCCCAUGCAGUCCUCCUUCGGCCACGCUGCCAUCUGCGAGUGGCAGCAAUAACAGGGCAGGAGUGAAUGCGAGGGCCCUGCGACGCUCUGUCAGCACUAAAAAGCAAGCGCAGGCUAAGAAAGAGGAGCCCGUUACACCAGCCUUAAGUGAAAGCAUUCCAAAGUUCUACUUCCCUCGAGGACAGCCCCAGGCCAACAUCAACAUAGACAAUCUCAUUUCCAAGAUUGAAAAAAUAUUUUCUCAAUUUCCUGAUGAAAGAGUCACUAUUAAAGACAUGGGGCUGGUCGCCAAGGCCUGCGAUUGCCCGUUCUAUUGGAAAGCUCCAUUGUUUCAUGCUGCUGGAGGAGACAGGAGGGGUUAUGUGUCUGUUCACAAGUUUGUGGCAAUGUGGAGAAAAGUGCUUCAGACCUGUCAUGAUGACGCAUCCAAAUUUCUUCACCUUCUGGCCAAGCCUGGCUGCAAUUAUUUGGAACAAGAAGACUUUAUUCCAUUCCUGCAGGAUGUGGUGGAUUCCCAUACAGGCCUGGCGUUUUUAAAGGAGGCUUCAGACUUUCAUUCACGCUACAUUACCACUGUCGUCCAGAGGAUAUUUUACAAUGUAAACCGCUCGUGGACUGGAAAAAUAACAUGUUCAGAACUCAGAAGAAGUACUUUUCUGCAGAAUGUGGCACUUCUUGAAGAGGAUGAAGAGAUUAACCAGUUGACAGAGUUCUUCUCCUAUGAACAUUUCUAUGUCAUUUACUGUAAAUUCUGGGAGCUGGAUACAGAUCACGACCUGUACAUUGACCAAAGAGACCUGGUGCGGCAUAAUGAUCAAGCCAUUUCCCACAGAAUGAUUGAGAGAAUAUUCUCAGGAGCUGUAACCAGGGGCAGAGCAGUUCAUAAAGAGGGCAGGCUGAGCUACGGUGACUUUGUGUGGUUCCUCAUAUCUGAGGAGGACAAAAAGUCUGAGACGAGCAUAGAGUAUUGGUUUCGCUGUAUGGAUCUGGAUGGAGAUGGAGUUCUGUCCAUGUAUGAGCUGCAGUACUUCUACCAGGAACAGUGUCAGAAGCUUGAGGCCAUGGCCAUUGAACCGCUGCCUUUCGAGGACUGCCUGUGCCAAAUGUUAGAUUUGGUUAAGCCAGAAAACCCAGGAAAGAUUACACUCAGGGACUUGAAGAGGUGCAGGAUGUCCCAUAUUUUCUUCGACACGUUCUUCAACAUUGAGAAGUAUCUAGACCAUGAACAGAGGGAUCCCUUAUUGGCUGCAAGGGACGCUGAAGCAGUGGGCCAGGAGAUUUCUGACUGGGAGAGAUAUGCUGCAGAGGAGUAUGACAACUUGGUGGCUGAGGAAACCGCAAAUGAGCAGUACAACGAUGGGUACGACAAUAUUCUAGACCCGGCGGAUCACGUGACGAGCACUUUAGAGCUGCACAGUGAGAAGAGGCAUCUGUUCGGGAUCCCCAGCCCUCACUGUAACCUGGAUCUGGAUGAAUAUGAAUACGAGGACGAUUUUGAAUGAGGAGCAGACGAGUAAAUGAAACAUCAUCUGGUAGUGUGUAGAACCCAUCCUGCUCUCACACCUGGUUCAGCUAUCCCAGACUAAAGAGCGAUGCGGAUGCACUCCUACAGGCCGCUGGAUGCCGGACAGCAAACAGCAGCCAGAGACGGAUUGUGCUGGUCCAGUUUUUCUGUCAGUCUGCGCACAACCAGCUUUCUAAAACCAAAUGUAGCAGCAACUACACUGAAAGCCAACCACAACACUUGAAAUAUUGAUUCUGCACUAAAUAUUGAAGAUUUUAAUGCUGGUGAGACAUUCCAGAAGAUUGAGGAUUUCAGCUUGAUGGCUUCUUUCUCCUGGAGCUUUGUCCACAUCCUGUGUGUGUUUGAGGGUCACGCUAAUAUGAAGUAAUGCAGUAAUCAGACUGUGAUGUUUUACUGUGUCUGUGUGAGAGGUGUAUAAGUUAUAAUGUAUUUAUGUAUAUUUGUUUAUAUAUUGUUUGUCAUUUCUAUAGAAGUGCUUCCUAAAGUUGCUUUUAUUGUAAUAAUGAACUUUUGUUUUUCAACUGUCUUAUAGUUCAAUAAAGUAUUAAGACAAAAAUA